GUUCCUUGGCGUGUGUUUCCUGCCCGGCUCGCGAAUGCCGGCGCUUGUCAUGGAGAAGCUUGCGACCAGUCUCCACGACAUUCUGGAUCCAGAACCUCCGCCGCCGACCAAGCCCUUCGUCCCCGUCUCUCUGAAACGCUCCGUCCUUCACGACGUGGCCCGUGGGCUCUCGUUCCCUGCACAGCCACUCGCCGCCCAUCAUCCACCGCGACUUGUCGGCCAGAAACGUUCUCCUGAACGAGGGGAUGGUGGCCAAGAUAGCGGACCUGGGCAUGGCUCGCAUCGUGCCGGGUCUGCGAGCUUCCACCAUGACCAAGGCACCAGGAGCUUCCGUCUACAUGCCACCAGAGGCACUGGAAGACGAAUCGAGAUACGACGUCACAAUUGAUAUCUUUUCUCUCGGAGUUCUCGCAACAUUCGCACUCUCCCAAACGUUUCCCAAACCUCUGGCGGCAGCGUACAUGGACGACAGUGGGAGGAUGGUGGGUCGAACAGAGUUGGAGCGUCGUGGCAACUACAUGCGGGAGGUGACGAGGCAAUUCCGUGAGGGGCAUCCCCUAGUCCAAAUGAUCCAGCAGUGCCUGAAGAACCGGAUGAGAGAGAGACCGACCAUCCAGCAAGUGAUGGGGUUGCUGGAGGAAGCCAGAGCCGAGGUUGAAGAUGGUGAAUAUGACGUGAACAAACUGUCACUGGCUCAACUGCUGCAGUCCAGAAGCUUUAACAUCCAACAACAACGAAUCCAAAUUGAUCAGCAGCAACAGCAAAUCCGCCAAAAAGAUGGGGAAAAUCACGCCCUGAAGGAGCAGAAUGAUGUUCUAAAGGCAGAAAUUGCAGCUUUGAAGCAGUCGCAAAAGAUGGAUGUGUACUAUAGUAAUGUGUGGGACAAGAGCAAGCAUAACUGUGUGGCUAUGAAGUCAAUUAACUAG